UAUAAUGAUUUGGAUGGCUUUAGGAAUGCUUCUUGCACACAUCACAAUUGGCCACUCAUUUGCAAUUUGGAUAUCCUUUUUGUCUCUUACUAUGUUCCAUAUGUAUUAUGGAGUCCUGAUGGCCUAUAGCAGCCUUUUGGAUUUUCUAACAGAGCAGAAGCCUAGAUUUGUGGACACUCUAGUCAGAACUCGGGUGCUACCACUGUAUGAAACAUCAAUUCCUCAACCAUAUUUGAUUGCCUUUGCAAACUGGGUCCUAGGAGAGCUUGCUUCAUGUCUUUCUGAUGGUAUGAGUGCUGAUAUUUAUUCUUCAUUAGUGAAAGCGUUAACAAUGUCAGAUAUAAGGGGUGUUUCUUGUUAUCCUGUGCGGGUGACAGCUGCUGCUGCCAUUGCUCAACUUGUAGAAAAUGAGUACAUGCCACCUGAGUGGCUACCUCUUCUUCAGGUGGUUUGUCAUAGGAUUGGUGAUGAAGAAGAAGAUAGCUCCAUUUACUUUCAGCUUCUAAGUACUAUGGUCGAGGCUGGAAAUGAAAAAAUUGCACCUCAUAUUCCAGAUAUUGUUUGUCUGUUGGUUAGAGAAAUCUCAAAGAAGUUACCUUUAGAUCUGGAGCCAUGGCCUCAGAUGGUGGAACAGGGCUUUGCAUCACUAGCAGUGAUGGCUCAGUGUUGGAAAGACUCUGCAUCGGAAGAAAAUGAGCAGGAUGGUUCAAGUCAAUUGUGGCGUUCUGGUCAGGCAACCAUGAUGAGAGCAUUUUCAGAUCUCCUACAGCAUGCCUGGCUAAGAUCUGCUCUACAGAUGAAUGCAAUCACCUCAAUGCUGGAUGCAGCUUAUGUCUAG